AUGGCAAUACUGGCUAUCCCCGAAUGCGUCGCUAAAUUUUUUGGUUACCUAGGUCUCCCUGUUACAUCUGAGGAUGCUGCUCCUUCGGCGACUACCACCGAACCGCUCUCAAAUGAGACAAUGACAGAGCAGGAGCAAAAGUCGACACAAGUCAAUAUCCCCUCCCGAACCUCAUCCACACAGCCCGGCACGACUCAGCUCGCGAUAUCGCCCGCACCUAAUACGUCGUCGGAAGCUCCGCCAGCAGCUCGGCGCGGCUCAAAACGCAGCAUUCUGACGCGUAGCAGAAACAAUAGUCGAAGCAGUCGCAGAUCUGGCAGAGCUGCGAGACCUGCAGACCCCAAGGAGCCCGUACCCCCUUUACCUCAGAACGAUGGCGCGAAAGGCGAGAAAAAAUCACGAUCAGGCUUCCUGGCUUUCCUGGGGAAUUGCUGCAGCCCAUCUGGAGGUGAUGACGAAAUCAAGAAUGAUACGGCCCCGGUACCCGUGAAGAAAACCACGGUGCCCCCAGCUCAAGCAAAAGCACCCCGGCCGACCGAAGCCACAGAGACGUCUCUCGAGAAGGAUGCAGAAGCCAAACAGCUGAACGAAAAGCAGGAGGUACAUGACGAAGAGAAGGUAACGUCAGCUGGGGCGAAACCAGACCCGGAAGAUGAAAUCAACGAAAAAGUCGCACCAAAUGCUAGCACCGGAAUCUCAACAGCGCAAGAAGAACCCCGCGACAGCCGGUACAGCCAAACCGAACAAAUAAAACCAGAGGCGAAAGAUGUUGACAUGCCAGAUGCGCCAGUUGUGCCCGAGCCUGAGCCCCAAGUCGUUGAUGAGCCGGUACAACCCGCGGAGCUGCAGCCUCAAGUCCCCUUGCCGCCGCCACCACCACUUUCGCAAAGGCAGGAACAGGUUGGAACGGUGCCUGCUAUGCCAGAAGCCCCAGUCGAGAAACAGAACUGGCUUCUCCCUCCCGCACAACCACCCUUGAAGGGACGUAAAUGUCUGAUACUCGAUCUGGACGAGACACUGGUCCACAGCAGCUUCAAAAUCCUCAAUCAAGCCGACUUCACGAUCCCCGUUGAAAUUGAAGGCCAGUAUCACAAUGUUUACGUCAUUAAAAGGCCAGGCGUUGACCAGUUCAUGAAACGAGUGGGCGAGCUCUACGAAGUGGUAGUAUUUACCGCGUCCGUCUCAAAGUAUGGCGAUCCUCUCCUCGAUCAGCUUGACAUCCACCAUGUUGUCCAUCAUCGGCUGUUCCGCGAGAGCUGUUACAAUCACCAAGGCAAUUAUGUCAAGGAUCUCUCGCAGGUUGGCCGUGACUUGAAAGAGACAAUCAUCAUCGAUAAUUCGCCAACGUCCUACAUCUUCCAUCCACAGCACGCCGUACCCAUCAGCUCCUGGUUUUCCGACGCCCACGACAACGAGCUAUUAGAUCUGAUACCCGUGCUCGAAGAUCUCGCUGGGCCUCAGGUCAAAGAUGUCAGCCUUGUUCUCGAUGUUACUUUAUAG